AUGGGGAGAUCUCCAUGCUGUGAUGAAAAUGGACUCAAGAAAGGACCAUGGACCCCUGAGGAAGACCAGAAGCUUGUGGACUACAUCCAAAAGCACGGCCAUGGAAGUUGGAGGGCUCUCCCGAAGCUUGCCGGGCUCAACCGGUGCGGGAAGACUUGCAGGCUUAGAUGGAGCAACUACUUGAGGCCGGACAUCAAGAGGGGAAAUUUUACGUUUGAUGAGGAGCAGACCAUUUUGCAUCUUCAUUCUGUCCUGGGGAACAAGUGGUCUACAAUUGCGACGCACUUACCAGGGUGGACGGACAACGAAAUCAAGAAUCACUGGAACACCCACCUGAAGAAGAAACUCAUCCGGAUGGGGAUCGACCCAGUUACCCACAAGCCAAGACUAGACCUAAGCAUGCUAACAAGUUUGCCUUCACUUGAUUAGAGUCUCAGGUUACAGACAAACGCGGCGCAACUCGCCGGAAUUUACUACCUGCAAAACCUCCUUCAGGCCGUGAUCAAUGCCAAAUCCCGUUCCCCUGCCCCUCGGAUUCAAUGA